AUGGAUUCCAACAAUGAUGAGGCGCUGGAUAUUAUCAUCACCAAUGUGGUGGCAACCUUUAGAACCAGGUGCCACCUUAAUUUGCGCACCAUUGCUUUAGAGGGGAAUAAUGUCAUCCAUAAGCCUGAAUCUGGGAAAGUACUUAUGAAGCUUCGUAAACCGAAAAUAACAGCCUCAAUAUGGUCAUCUGGGAAGAUAAUCUGCACUGGUGCAACAAGUGAGAUGGAUGCCAAGUUGGGUGCUCGGAGGUUAGCUCGUUGUUUGCAGAAACUUGGCUUUAAGGUCAGGUUUUCAGCCUUUAAGGUUGUUAAUGUUCUGGCUGUUUGCUCGAUGCCCUUUUCCGUCCAACUCAUUGACUUUACGAAGAAAAACAGACCCAUUGCCAGUUAUGAACCAGAGCUGCAUCCUGCUGCCAUUUACAGGAUCAAACAUCUCAAGGCCACGAUACAAGUAUUCUCCACAGGCAGCAUCACAGUCACUGGACCAAAUGUGCAGAAUGUGGCCACAGCUGUGGAGGAAAUCUACCCUCUCCUGUUCGAGUGUAAGAAACCUCUUUGUAAAUAG